AUGGUCUUUGAAGAGAAUGGAACACAUUCCAUUAAUGAAUAUCGUACAUCAAGUUCGGCUGAAAUCAAGCGUCAUCAAACGCCAAUUGUGAAAUGCAUUGAACAACGAUUUGCUCAGUUUCAAGGUGAUGUUGAUAUAGAAUGUUUAGAGCAAUUGCAAGUAGUGAAAUACAAAGUCGAUCAACAGUAUAAACCUCAUUAUGACUGGUUCGUGGAACCGAAGCUUAUGAUCAAUGGAGGCCAACGAGUAACAACAUUUUUUACAUAUCUUCAAGCCAAUUGUUCCAUGGGUGAAACAGAAUUUCUUGCUAUUCCAUUCAAUAAAUCAUUGCAUGAGCAAUUUUGUGAUAUCUUAGUUUGUGAUGAAAAAUCAACUGAGCUGGGUAUUCGAUUUCGCCCGUUGCCUGGAAAUAGUAUCUUCUGGUAUAAUAUGAAUGAAUAUGGUGAAGUAGAUUAUUUGACAUUUCAUGCCGGUCGUCCGCCCGGUAAAAAUGGCCAUAAGAUUGGAUUAAAUACUUGGACACGGUUAAACAAAGUUUUCAUACGACCCAAGAAAUAA